AUGUCCUCCUCAACGAAUCACUGCCAAUCAAUAACCGAUCGCAAUCGAUUUCAUAAAGUCUUCAACUUUUUCAGUAACGAGGUGAAUAUCUUCUGCAACCUGCACGUGUGCGCUGAUUGUGCCCAAGUACCGUGUCGUAGUCGCCCACGACGAGUUCCAGCCGUGGGUGACGACAUGUCACCGUCUGAUGACGACUUGUCGCCACCCAUUCCGGUCCACGCUUCCUUCCGGCUACGACGGCUAGCGGAACCUACGUCAGCUUCUGCUUCACCUGAGUCAGCUGAGACGCAGAUGACGUCAACAAGUUUUCGGCACAACGUCAUUACUGGCAUUAUUAGUUUUACUUUGUUGACAUUAUGGUUAGAAAAUCUGUACUCGUGA